AUGCAUUCACAAGUAUCAAACGCUGCUAUAUCUUCAGGUGAACAGAGUCGCAAGGUUAUACUGCUAGCAAUAGGCAUAAUUGCUGUGUUUGGAAUAAUUACAUUCGCUCUUGCAGCUGCCACUCUUGGUACUCUCAAUAAACGAUAUAGUAAUAUCGAACGUAGUUUAGAAGGACUGACGAAUACAGUGAACAAAAUCAGUGAACAACUCUCUUCAACCACCGGAACGAGCGGAACAUUCACCCCUCAGUCUACAACGACAAUGGCAGGAUCUACGACCACACCGCAGCCUGUCAUAACAACGACAGGGCCUCCCAUCACAACUACACGGUCUACCACUACCACUACAACUACAGAGCCUACCACCACAACUACACGGUCUACCACAACAACGACAGGGUCUACGACCACAACUACAGGGCCUACCACCACAACGACAGGGCCUACCACCACAACUGGAGAGUCUACGACCACAACUACAGGGCCUUCCACGACAACUACAGAGUCUACUACUACAACUACGACGGCUACCACCACAACUACAGAGACAACCACCACAACUACAGAGACUACCACCACAACUACAUAG